UACUGGAAUAUUCUUGCGUCCAGUAUGGAGUCAAUUCACGAAGGGCUAGAAUACCUUGACAACUCAACAGAUGAUUCCUUCACCCGAGGCCACAGUGGCUUAGUAAAUGGCUACUCGGAGCAUAAAUCCGAUCUGGAAAAUCCAGGUGAAAUACGACAGAAUUUGAGGGCGGCAAUGAAAGGUGCCCGCCAGCGAAUCACAAACCUUCGAUUGGACCUGGAGGAAAAGGAUAAACUUCUGGAUGCAGAAAAGUCAUUAAGAAAAACCUUGGAGGCAGAAUUAGCAGAGAAAACUGAAGAAUUAUACAAGGAAAAAACUAUGAGCUUGCGUGCAGAGAAUGAAGGAUAUUCACUCAUGAAUACGGCAAGCAGUUUUGGAGAGGAUACUUCCUCAUUUAGGGAAGAAUUAUCCCUUGCACAGCGCUUGAAUCUACAGCUAACAGAGAAGUUAUCCAGAGCAGAAGCUGAAAUCGAAGCAUCCAGAGUAAGCCGUGGUGAACUCUUGGCUCAAACUGAGUCAAAAAUUGCUGCUCGUGGGGCAGCUCUUGUGGAAAAAAUCUACCAAGCCCAGAAGGAGCGAGAUGCUGCUAUGAAUGCCAGACUGCAUAUGGCAAACUCUGAACGAGAGGAGCUAAUUGACAAACUUAGAAGAGCUGAAAGAGAACAUACUGGAUUUGACUCAGGUGUUGACAGUGUGUACGAGGACGAAGAAACUGAGCCAACCAUGAGGUCCUUACUUGGCAGAUUAACAGCAUCAGAAACUCCUGAAUUAAUUGAUAAAAACGGUCAUCUAAUGGCAACCAAGAUAAGAACGGUACAGAAGAACAGAAAGAAAAUGGUGACUGAAGAACUCAAGGCUGUUAUAGCUGAAAGAGAUACAGCAGUAGAAAAGGCCAAAGCUCUUGAGGCAGAGGUUGUCAACCUGCGUAAAGAAAUUGAACUGAUGAAAAAUCAGCACAAGUUAAUGGACAAACAAAGGGUCAAAGCUAUUCAGUCACAGUCAAUUCAAGCUCAACAGGAAAGAGAUCUAGCUUUGAAAAAGUCAAAAAGACUGGAGGAAGAAAUGGAAACAAUAAGAGUCUAUUACAGUUUACACCGCUCAUUGUCUCAAGAACAAUCCCUACGAGAUCAGUUUAAUCAGACAAUGGAUAGUUUUGAAACUCGCCUCAGAGCAAGAGAUGUAGAUAUUCAACAGGCUCAGCGUAGUUAUGAUGAAGUGGUUGAAAAACUCAAAGCUGUUUCACAAGAAAGAACAACUCUAGCAAAACAGCUGGAAGAGGCUUCGAAAAACCGACGACGAGAAAAGGAACGGGCUGAUAAGUUAGAGAGACUUGUUGGAGUUCUUCGCAAGCGCAUUUCAGAAACUGGCGGAACAAGUGUAGCUACCAUAAACUAGAGGGGAGGGGUGGGUCAGAAUGAACUAUAGGGCACAGAUUAGCAAAGAUAAUCUGAAGGGGGGGAGGGUUGUCACAUUUACUUCCUACUGUAUAUAUUAUAUAUAUGAGAUGUCAUUUCUUUGCAAAGAUUACAUUUCACACAAUCUUUUGUAGAGAUGGAGAUAGUUUGGAUCAAGAACAAACUAAAUAUUCACUUAUGAAAUAAUUUAUUUGCAGUGGACUCAAUCACAGAGAUACUACAUGCUUUUUAUAUCAGUGCUUUUUUCUGCUUUGUAGAUAGCACUCAAUUCAUACAUUCAUAUAGCUCAACAAAAAAUAAACUAUUAUGCUAAGGUUA